UGUCAUUUGUCAUUCAAUUGUCAUGAUUGUCAUUAAACGUGAGUUGUGCUCAGUCUUCAGAUAUUAUUUAAACAAAAUCGAAGAAAACAUUUGGUUAAUACUAUUAUUUUGUCUCAGGAGAGUCCAUAUUAAAUUCGUGUGACUUUAAAAAUAUAUUGAUCAUGUCACUAGACACCGUGCCAAAAGAUCUGAGAGGUUUGCGAGCGUGCUUAGUUUGCUCACUAAUAAAAACUUUCGAUCAGUUCGAAUAUGAUGGAUGUGAUAAUUGCGAUGAAUUCUUACGCAUGAAAAACAAUAAAGACAAUGUUUACGACUGCACUAGCAACAAUUUUGAUGGAAUGAUUGCAGUAAUGAGCCCAGAAGACAGUUGGGUAUGCAAAUGGCAACGCAUAAGUAAGUAAUCCAAGUACAAAAAUCAGCCUGUUAUUUACUUUAAUGGUAAUCAGCCACAAAGCUCCAUUGAUAGUAACUUAUCGCCUUUGGCUGUUA